UCUCUGUGUGGAGGAAACCUUGGCCGUGAUUGACAGCAGGGCUUUUUUUUUUGCCGCUUCCCUUGCCGUUGACAAGUAAUAAUGAAGCUUUGUCAGUCCAUCAUGGACAUGGAUAUGCCAGAUUAUGUCGACUCCUUGGACUCCUCUUAUACCAUGCUGGAAUUUGACAACCUUCGGGUGCUCCCAAAUAACGCUGAGGCCAUCACAGCCGAAUCAGCAAACACCAACCUGCUCACCAACGGCAUCAGCUCCCUCUGCUCCAUCUGCGGGGACCGGGCGACCGGCAAGCACUAUGGGGCAUCCAGCUGUGACGGCUGCAAAGGCUUCUUCAGGAGGAGCGUCCGUAAGAACCAUGUCUAUUCCUGCAGGUUCAGCCGACAGUGUGUGAUAGACAAGGACAAGAGGAACCAGUGCAGGUACUGCAGGCUGAAGAAGUGCUUCAGAGCUGGCAUGAAGAAAGAAGCCGUGCAGAAUGAGCGUGACAGGAUCAGCAUCCGCAGGAGCAGCUACGAGGACAACGGGUCCCUCUCCAUCCAUGUGCUCACUCAGGCCGAGGCCAUGGCCCAGCAGUAUUCGUCGCCGAGUCCGGCGCACAGCACGGACAUCGCCAUGAAGAAGGUGGCAACCAUCAAUGACGUGUGCGAAUCCAUGAAACAGCAGCUUCUGGUGCUGGUGGAAUGGGCAAAAUACAUCCCGGCAUUUUGUGAUCUCCCACUUGACGACCAGGUUGCCUUGCUCAGAGCCCACGCAGGGGAACACCUGCUCCUCGGGGUAGCCAAGCGGUCCAUCCCCUACACCGAUUUUCUGUUAUUAGGGAAUGACUUCAUCAUCCCAAUGCACUGCCCAGAACUGGAAAUUGCUCGUGUGGCCACCAGAAUCUUGGACGAGUUGGUGAAGCCCUUGCGGGACAUCCAGAUCGAUGACAACGAGUACGCUUGCCUUAAAGCCAUCAUCUUCUUUGAUCCAGACUGCAAAGGCCUGAGCGAGCCUGGAAAGGUGAAGAACAUGCGCUUCCAGGUCCAGGUCAACUUGGAGGACUACAUCAAUGACCGCCAGUACGACUCCCGAGGCCGGUUCAGUGACAUCCUCCUCCUGCUGCCCCCGCUGCAGAGCAUCACCUGGCAGAUGAUAGAGCAAGUCCAGUUCGUGAAGCUCUUUGGUGUGGCCAGGAUCGACAGCUUGCUGCAGGAGAUGCUACUGGGAGGAACCACCGUCGAUCUCCAGUACCAGUCGGGACCUCCCAACCUCAACCUGGAAACGAUGCCAGGACACGUCCUCCCAAGCAACAUGAGCUCUGUGAUUCACACCGCUCCAAACCCAUCUCCUGAAACAUCCCUUCCAUCUCCUUCUACAAGUACAGGCAGUGAAGACUAUAAACUAGGCUCUAGUGCAGGGCCCAACGCCAUAGCACAGCUCUUGCCUCAGACAGUGAUACCCAAGCAGGAGAUUUUAUAGGGAGAGGUGGAAGGAGAAGCUGGGAGCAAUGUGGAAACCGUGCUGAAAAAGUGAAAUGGGCCCCUUUCUCUUUGCAGAGGCAAAGCACGGCCACCCCCUGCCCGUAGCCGGAUCCGUCGGUCACACUCUUUCCAGGCCGUGAGUCGAGCAGCAGGUACCAGACUACAGCAGGAGCAUCACCUCAGGUCUUCCACCUCACACGUGAUUGGGGCUGAUGCUCUUUUCAGCAGGACCAAGACUGUAAGCUCCUUGGAGCAGGGCUUCUGAUGGCAUUCGUUACCACCUACCUCGGUGUGAUGACCACCCUUUCAAAGCCUUCGGCCGCCAUCUUCAUAAAACCCAGUGCCUUGCACCGCUGAUGGUAACUGUUAAUGAGCACAGCGUGUCUUGAAUUGUCAGUAUGAAACGGUCUAUUCCCAUUAAAAAUUUAAUUACACUCCCAGUUCUCCUGCUGCACGUUAAGCUUUAGGAAGAAUAUCUUAAUAACACUUAGCAGCCCAAAGCUUUCUCCUUCCCUAAAGAUGCAUUUUGUUCCGCACAGACCAGCCAACAUUUAAUGUUGGUCAGUAAUUAUUUGUGAUCAGGAAUGCCAACAUUUGGUUAUUUUCCACCAUUUCCAGUUUAUCUGGAGUCCAAUUGUGAGUUGUUUGAUGCAUCUUCUUACUUGGUGUGCACAUCCAACGUAGCUCCCAGACAUCAGCAAAGAUCUCUGCAUCAGACCGUGGCCACCGGGUCCGGUCAAACCCUCCACAGGCAGGAAGCUGGAGAAGCUGUUGACCCACCCAGAUGCUGCUUUGUACCUUCUGCAAACUUUUACCACAAACAUAUUUGCAAGAAGCAACAGUCCUAACAAAAAUGCCAAAGAAAACCUUUUCCCAGUACACAGAUAUGAUUUUGCAGUAGUUUUGUGCAUCUUUGUAAUGUCUGUAACCUGAAUUUGAAAGCUCUGACUUAGUAAAAAAAAAAAAAAGAAGAAAAAAGAAGGAAGAGGCAGGUCUCCUGUGAGGAAUGGAUUUUAAAAAAAAAUGUUUAAAACAUAAGGUGCUUCUGCACUUUAUGUAGAGCUUAAUCAGCAGUAGGUGACCAGCUAUUAACCAUUACAUUAACUAUUACAACUAUUUAAAACGAUUCCCCCUUAGAUGACUAUACAACCUCAAACUUUCCUAGUGGUACGGUGUUUAUUUUACAUAAAUUGAACCUCAUUAGAAAGCAGACCACUGGAUUUCUACAAAACUUACACUCACCUGCACAGAAGCCCAAUGACCUCCAUCAGACAGCUCUUGAAGGGUUCUGGGUGGCCGUACUGAGCAGUGGGACACAUCGGAGAAUUCCAAUUGGGACACAUCACACCAAUCUCUCAACCCUCCUGCAUCCCCAUUUCUGGCAAAACCAAGAUGACAGGGCCCAGCUGUGGCUUUGUGAGGCUUAUUUCACUCUUGAAGGACUGCGAGGUCCUCGGGUGAAGGACACUGUGGAAAUGCAACCUCAUUGACUGCAGGAGAAGUUGGGAAGAGCAUCUGAACCUUCACCAAAAGGGGAACACUCUGUGCUCAGGCUGCCUUUCACUCGCUGGGGAGACACUUUAGCAUUGCCAUUCUGCAGCACAAGAGCCACCUGAAAACCACUGAAGACCGGGUAGAAUUUCACCUGGGAUCAUAAUGUUCUAUUUUCCUACUGUCUCUGAUGAAUUUGAUCCGACACUAUAUGCUGAUAGCUGUUUCAAAUUAAAGUUAUAUCUGGAAACCAGGUUCCACUGCAAGCAUCCCUGCCGCACGACAGACAAAACUGUACUUACCCAACAUUGCUUCCAGUUCCUCCAUCGUGUAGAUUACUUUACUUUUCUAGAAAUUAAGUGUACAUUUAUACCCAUUAAUGGUAAGAAAAUAAAUCUAUUGGGGAAAUAAAUGUAAUAUUCUCACAGUU